UCUUGAGGAAGUCCAGGAUAGCAUGUCAGAAACUGAACGCAGUGAGAGGUUAGGUGCACGAAAAAAGAAACGGGCCCCAAAUAAGGAAAAUGGCCCUCCCUGAAGGUCUGUUGACAAGGGAGCGUAUUUUAAAGAGCCUAGAGAUUCUUUGCCUGUCGAGAGGCCGGACAAAGGGACUAGUAUAUACCCCGUCCGAGAACUAAAGGCUCUGCAAUUAAGUAGUUCAGGAAGCCCUGGGAGCUCUGAGGACGAGAGCCUUGACCCGGAGGAGGAGGCGGAGCUAGAUGAGGAAGUAGCGAAGUAUGAGGAAGAAAGAUAUCAUCCAGAUGAUCAUGUACAAGGCAACAAGAGACACCAAAAACAUUCACAUUCUGUGAUGGCCGCUUCACAAGUGGCCCCCUCAGCGUCCCCUCCGUAUGAGGUCCGCCGAGGAUCUUUUUCCCUCCUAUCUGAUAAAGUGCGGAGGAAGUUACGUUCGGCCUUCCCUGUCUUUGAAGGCCUAGAGAAUGGGCGGGUAUACGCACCCGUGGAAUAUAAUCAAAUAAAGGAAUUAGCAGAGUCAGUCAGAAAGUAUGGCGUCACCGCCAAUUUCACAUUGGCACAAUUGGACAGGCUGGCGAGAGACUCCAUGACACCUACUGAUUGGCAAACAAUAGCCAAGGCCACGCUUAACAGCAUGGGCCAGUUUAUGGAAUGGAAGGCCCUUUGGCAUGAAGCAGCUCAAGAACAUGCCAGGGCCAAUGCUAUAUCUUUGACACCAGAACAGCAAGAAUGGACUUUUGACAUGCUGACAGGGCAGGGAUGCUAUGCAACCAAUCAAACAAAUUUCCUCUGGGGAGCAUACCAACAAGUCUCGAGCACUGCCAUCAGGGCCUGGAAGGCACUCUCUAGGAAGGGUGAGGGAGGUAACCAAUUAACAAAGAUUAUACAAGGAGCUCAAGAGCCUUUUUCUGAUUUUGUGGCUAGGAUGACGGAGGCGGCAGGGCGCAUUUUUGGAGACUCUGAGACAGCCAUGCCUCUUGUCGAACAGCUUGUCUUUGAACAAGCCACUCGGGAAUGCCGUGCCGCCAUUGCCCCUAGAAAAAACAAAGGGAUGCAGGACUGGCUUAGGGUUUGUAGAGAGUUAGGGGGCCCUCUUACCAAUGCAGGGCUGGCAGCAGCCAUUUUACAGUCCCAGAGACGCCCCCCUAAGGGGCCCGAAAAAAGGGUCUGCUUUAACUGCGGAAAGCCCGGACACAUGAAAAGAGACUGUAGAAAUCAGAGGGCCCCCCCUGCUCUUUGCACCCGCUGCGGCAAGGGCUAUCAUAAGGCAGACCUAUGUCGCUCGGUUAGGGAUUUGAGAGGUAAUGUCCUCCCUCCUAAGGCAACCUUUAUCAAUGAGGAUCCAAAAAACGGGGCAGCGGGCCAAUGGUCCCAGGGCCCACAAAAAUAUGGGAACCGGUUCAUCAGGCCCCGGAGAAAGCCCCCUUGGGGAUGACACAAGACUGGACUUGCGCGCCUCCUCCGAUUUCUUAUUGAUGCCUCAAAUGGGAGUGCAGCCCAUACCUGCCUGUUUGCCCGUACCAUUUCCUCAAGGGACUGUAGGGCUCCUUCUGGGCCGAGGGUCACUCAC